AUGGUACAGAAUCCCGCAAGCAGCUCUCGCGUGGUCGGCAAUCGUGCGGGUUUAAAGCUGUCAAAAGUAAAAGGUCGUGGCGUGGAUUUUUCUGAAGUACGAACCUAUCAACCGGGUGACGACAUUCGGGCGAUAGACUGGCGUGUCACCGCACGGAAAAACAAACCACAUACUAAAAUUUUUCGUGAAGAACGAGAGCGUCCAACGCUGCUGGUAGUUGAUCAGUCACAACAGAUGUUUUUUGGCUCUAAAGUGCGGCUUAAAUCGGUUGCGUGUGCUGACCUGGCGGCACGCAUAGCCUGGCAGAAUCUGGCCGCAGGUGACCGCGUUGGCGGGGUUGUCAUAAGCAACGAUCAGCAGAUUGUGCAUCGCCCGUAUCGCACCGCAAAGGCGGUCGCCCGGUUAUUAAACGAUGUGAGCGAGUGUAAUCGCAGUCUGAAGCCGGGCAAUAUAGACGGCACCGCCAGUGUUGAUGAAGGCAUGUUGCGCGUUCGGCGCUUAACGAGAACAAAUUUUCGGAUCUUUAUCUUGAGCGAUUUUGCGGGUGAUCUGGAGCGCUGGCAGCAACACCUGCAUCAACUCGCCCGGCAUAACCAGGUUGUGUUGGUACACAUCUACGACCCACUGGAACAGCAUUUACCGCCGGCGGAUCACUAUGCCGUUACAGAUGGAAAAAGCCGCCUGCAGUUUUAUACCGGCGACAAUCAGUUGCGCAAUAAAUAUGCAAAACGGUUUGCGGAUCGAACGGAAGCAAUCAAACAAAUGUGUCGACAUGACGCAAUGACUUAUGUCGGCGUACAGACAGACAACACCAACCUUGACGAGAUGGUCUGGCAACUGCGCGACGUUCAUUUGCCGCCGGAUCCCUCCUGGUGGCCGCCCGCCUUCGGCUGGUGGCUGUUUGCGCUGCUGCUCCUGCUGGCCCUCAUCUGGGCCUGCCGACAGCUCAUUGAUCACUUCAAACGACGCGCGCCGUCCCGUGCCGCCAAAGUACAGCUGGCAGACCUAUACCGUCGCUAUCAGGCGGGAGAGAUCAGCGCUGACGAAUACCUGCACUCUGGCAAUGAACUGUUGAAGCGUCUCAUGGUCCGGGCUUAUCAAAAAACCAGUUACGCGCGCUUAUCCGGCGAUGCCUGGCUGGAUCUGCUGGACGAGCUUUCCGGCACUUCAAAAUUCAGUAAUGGUGCUGCCAGCGUGCUUGGUAACAGCCGCUUCAGCGCGGCACCAGAAAUUGAUGUUGAGCAACUGCAUAGCGCCUUGCAGCUGGUGCUGGCCAAGUCAUUUAUCGAACCAGGCCGGCGCUGGCAGCAUAUCCUGUUGUGGUCCAUAUGGUGCCUCCUGCUGGUUGCUGCAGCUCGACCACAGUGGACUGGGGACGCCGUUACGUUGCCUACCAGUGGACGAGAUCUAAUGCUGGCUGUAGACAUCUCCGGCAGCAUGGCAACCGAGGACAUGGCGCUCAAUGGAGACUUUGUUGAUCGGUUAAAUGUCGUGAAAGCAGUGGUCAGCAGCUUUGUCGAAGAACGCAAAGGUGAUCGCGUUGGGCUUGUGUUGUUUGGUACAAACGCUUAUCUGCAAGCCCCCCUGACUUUCGACCUGACCAGUGUGAAUCGUCUGCUGAUUGAAGCCCCUAUUGGUAUCGCUGGCGGUAAAACCGCAAUUGGAGAUGCGAUCGGAUUAGCUGUAAAACGCCUGCGCCUGCGUCCACAGGAAGAUAAAAUACUUAUUCUGCUGACCGACGGCGCUAACAAUGUGGGCGAAGUUGAACCAGAGAAAGCCGCUGAACUUGCCGCCUUCGAUAACAUCAAAAUCUACACUAUAGGUGUAGGUGCUGACGAGAUGCGGAUGCCCGGUCUGUUUGGCAGACGCAUUACCAAUCCUUCUGCAGAUCUUGACGAAGACACGUUGACUGCCAUUGCACAAACUACCGGCGGAAAAUAUUUCCGCGCCCGCGAUACACAGGGGUUGUUGGAAAUCUAUAGCUUGAUAGAUGAACUGGAGCCCAUUGAUCAGGACCCUGAAACCUAUCGUCCGAUACAGGCGCUUUAUUUUUAUCCUCUGGGUCUCGGCCUCGCGCUGUUUGCACUUCUGCUGCUGAUCGACAUUGCGAGAAAACGAUCCGGGUGGGAAAGCAGCAUCGAUGAUAGCCUGCUCAAUGUCCUGCUGGAUGGCGCCCAUAAACAAGCCAACCGCACGCUUGGCAUCUUCCUGAUCAGCGCGUUGGCAGCAGCCAGUAUCGGCGUUGCCGGGCCUACCUGGCAGAAACUUCCGCAAAGUGUUGAACAGAAAAAUGAUGCUCUGGUUGUGCUGCUGGAUCUCUCAUUAUCUAUGCUUGCAGAGGAUGUGAAACCCUCCAGGAUAGAACGUGCGCGCCAGGAAAUAGCAGAUGCCCUGCGCCUGCGUGACGAAGGCCAAACCGCGCUAAUUGCCUAUGCCGGUGAUGCACACGCCGUUGUGCCGCUGACUGAUGACGUGGCGACCAUCACCAAUUUGUUAGUGUCUCUGAGUCCGGAAAUGAUGCCGGUUUUUGGCAGCAAUCCAGAUCACGCGUUAACCCUGGCCCACGAGCUGUUCGAAAACAGUUUUGUACAGCAGGGUCGAAUUCUGAUGGUGACCGAUGGCAUUGACGAUAUCAGCUCCGUCACCCGUCAUCGCAGCCGGGCUUUUCCUAUUUCCGUUCUUGGUAUCGGUACCUAUGACGGCGGCGUUAUCCCGCUGGAUCGGGUGCGGCAGCCAGGACGGUUUCUGCAGACCCAGGAAGGUAAUCAGGUCAUUGCCCUGCUCGACGACGUCCGUCUGCGUGAAGUUGCCGAGUUAUCCUACGGUAAAUACGCCCAGGCAGACGUAGGUGAUCGGGACAUUCUCUCUAUCCUUGACACCCCGCUACCCAGCGACGACGAAACCAUUGAAGUAGAACGGGAAUUUGACACCUGGUUUGAUCAGGGGCAUUGGGUCACCCUGCUUUUAAUACCCCUGCUUCUGCUCAGCUUUCGCAAGGGUGUUUUAGUGUGCCUGCUAGCAGUGACUAUUCUGCCAGCGGUUCCGGCCCAGGCCGCUGGUAUCAGUGAUGUCUGGGACAGCUUCUGGCAACGUGGUGAUCAGCGCGGUUACAAAGCGCUGCGAGGCGGCGAACCUGAGCGCGCGGCGACGCUGUUCGAAAAUGAACAAUGGCGUUCUGUAGCUGAAUAUCGCAGCGGAAACUAUGCUGCUGCACUUACCGGCUUUCAGGCAAAUGCCGGCACAACAGGACGUUACAACGAGGCCAACACACUUGCGCGUCUGGGAGACUACGAAAACGCGAUAGCACUCUACGACAAAGUACUUGCAGUACAACCUGAUCAUGAAGAUGCACUGUACAACAAAGAUCUUAUAGAGCGUCUGUUAAAGGAAAAACAGGACGCCCAGCAAGAGCAGGAACAGAACCAGCAGAGUCAGGCGAACAACGACAGCAGUGACAGCCAACAAGGCGACCAACAGGAAAAUCAGGAUCAGUCCGAACAACAGGAUGAAUCAGAACAGUCCGAGCAGGAACAGCAGGAUGAGUCUGAGAGUGAACAGGACAACGAACAGGAAGGCUCCGAACAGCAAAUGGCGGAGGCUGAAGAAAACGAGAACGCCAGAGAUGAAAAGCAGGAAGCUCUGGAGCAGUGGCUGCGACGCGUUCCCGACGCCCACGCCGCCGUUUCAGCGCAACUGUCUGCACAGAACAUCGACGAACUGGAAACCGUUCGGCUAACCAUUAAAAUCAACGAAACCCGACAAACGGAGAAUCUGGACCUCAGCGCCCUGGAGUCAGAUUUCCACAUACUCAGCACCAAUACAGUCAGUCAGUCGCGGUUUCUCAAUGGUCGAGGAGUCAGCUGGGUUGACUAUCAAAUCACCCUGCAACCCAAACGCACCGGCACAUUGAAAAUUCCGAGCAUCACAGUGGGUAAUGAGCCGACGCCGACGCUGGAACUGAAAGUUCGCCCCUUGUCAGCAACCACCAGGCAAACGAUCAACGAACUGGUAUUUUUCGAAAAUGAAGUGUCAGCACAGGAAAUUUAUGUCCAGAGCCAGCUGAUCCUGACUCGCCGUCUGCUUUAUUCACAGGGUGUGCAGUUGUACUCCGAUUUGCCGGGAGCACCUGAAAUCAGCGACGCAGUUGUUCUCACCCUGGGUGAAACCCGAUCAGACACGACGACGCGUAAUGGCAAAACUUAUGGACUUGUCGAGCAACGUUAUGCCAUAUAUCCCGAGGUCAGCGGCACAUUCGAAGUGCCAGGUAUCAACAUUACCGCCAGCGUCAGGCUGAUUGAAAAUGGACGGGUGUCACGCAAAGGGGUGCGCGUUGGUACACCCACUGAAUCCGUUGUCGUUCUGCCAGUCCCCGACAGCUACCCUGCUGAUGCGCCGUGGCUACCGGCGACCAAUGUUGACCUGAUGUACGUCAUCAGUCCCGACAGGCCCGACCAUGAGGUUGGAGAUACCCUGAAGCAUGAGUUACUGGUCUACAUACAGGGAAACAUUGGAUCUAUGGCGCCACCGCUGCCUCUGGAAUUAAACGAAGAUCAGUUCCGAAUUUAUCCUGCCGCACCGGUGAUCGAAGAUGAUACCCGCGGUGAUACGGUGAAAGGCUCCCGCCUGCAAACCAAUUCUAUUGUGCCGUUACAACCAGGUUCCCUGAGCCUGCCCCCUACGGAAAUUAUCUGGUGGGAUACCACCAACAAAAAGGUUCGGAUCAGUACAACUUCCGCUCGCACGCUAAACGUUUCCGGCACCGCGGUUGUAGGUCCGUUAGACACUCUGGAUACCGCCAGCGACAAAACUCAAGACCCAGCACUGGACGACAAUGCAACGAAUCCUAUGGUGACUGCCAACUGGUCUGCUGGGAAGCUUCUCGCUCUGAUCGCCGGCAUUACAGCUGUCGUUAUUCUACUCGCCUGGUUCUUUCUGCGCGGCAGGCGCAAGACUCGAACGAACACAGAAAAGACCGCUGGUCAGUGUUAUCGCGCUUUCAACGAAGCGAUCGCCGCACAGGACGCAACGACGGCCAUCACUGAGCUGAAACAGUAUCUCAGCCGUCGCUACUCAAAACCCGAACACCUCGCGCUGGCGAAGUUCAGGCAAGCUGAUGAUGCCGCCCAUCGCGCGCUUACCACUAUAGAUCAGCACUUUUAUCAACAUGCACUGUCGGAGAAACAGCUCGACGAGGCCUUUAAGGUGCUGCAGCGCUGCGUCGCCAACCUGCGAGAUCGUGAGACAGCGCCGCAACAGCUCAACCCCCUGCCUCCGCUUUACGCCGACGGCGUCUAG